AUGGCCUCCGACUUUGAGUGCGGCACCUGCGGCAAGACCUUCCCGGCGGGCUGGAGGGCCCGUGACAACCACUGCAACUCGACCGGACACUCACGACCGUCAUUCGAGUGCGACGUGUGCCCACGGUGGUUCGGCAGCCAGCAGGCUUGCAACCAGCACAUGAGAGAUACGGGUCACUGGCAGACCGUCGAGCGGUACGAGUGCGCGUGCUGCUACGACACGUGGCCGACCGAGGAGCAAUGCACCGAGCACGAGCACCAGGACCACAACUACUGCGCCGAGUGCAACCGAACCUUUCAAAACUUCAACAACCUAACCAUGCACCUCCGGUCGCGCGCCCACAGAGGCCAGCAGAUCGAGUGCCCCUUCUGCAAAAACGACUUCGCCACCGCCGCCGGACUGACCCAUCACCUCGAGGCCGGGGCCUGCUCCGACGCGCGGGACCUGAACCGCGACGCCAUGUAUCGCUUCGUCCGGGGUAAGGAUCCGUGCGGACUCAUCUCCAAACACCUCAUCGGCUGGACCGGCUCCGCCGAAUAUGAGGCCUCCAACCGGGCGUGGAACGGCACUGCUUACGAGUGCUACCUCUGCCAUCGCGCGUUCCGCCUGCUGGCCGGCCUCAAUCAGCACCUCAACUCGCCGAGACACCAGCAGGCACUGUACCACUGCCCCAAUUACAUGUGCGCAAUGGACUUUAGGAGCCUAGCCGCCGUCAUCAACCACCUGGAGAGCGAGGCCUGCGGGUGCACGCGUUUCGAGACGGUACAGCGCAAGAUCGGGGACAUGGUCAGCGGGAACCGCCUGAUUACCUUUUGA